AUGGAUCCCAUCGACCCAACCACCGGCCAGCCCCUGCCCAGCGACGCCAUCCAGCGCAUCCUCUUCGUCGCGACCCCCGUCCACGUCUACAACAUCCCCCCCCUCACCUCCAUGCGCGGCCACUCCGCCUCCUCCUGGACCGAGGACCCCGCCCGCCACAUCUUCACCGCGCGCCUCCGCGUCGUCGAAACCUCCAUCAAGAUCGACCUCGUCCUCGAAGACCCCUCCACAGGCGCCCUCUUCGCCGCAGCCCCCUACCUCGACCCCAGCGCCGUCGAGCCCGUCGUCGACAGCAGCCGCUUCUUCGCAGUCACCGUCAAGGACCCCCAGGGCAGGAAAGCCGUUCUUGGCAUUGGCUUCGAGGAGCGCUCCGAGGCCUUUGAUCUCGCAGUCUCCCUGCAAGAGGCCCGGCGCAGCCUCGGCUGGGAGUCGGAACAGGCGCACGGCAGCGGCAGCAGCAACAACUCGGCUGACGCAAAGGCCACCAAGAAGACGGAAACCAAGGACUACAGCCUCAAGGAGGGCGAGACCAUCACGGUCAACCUCGGCGGCACAAAGUUUGGUCGCAGACGGCCGCACAACGCAGAGGACUCGUCGACGUCGAGCAGCAGUUCGGCCGACUUGCAGUCGUUUGCGCUGCCGCCUCCGCCUGCGGGCGGCUUUUCAUUGCCGCCGCCGCCCAAGACGUCGGACGUGAAAGAGAAGCGCAGGUCGCUCAAGAACCUGGGAUUCGACGACGGCCAGUUUGGAGAGUUUGCGUAACGUGAUCAGGGCACGACGAAAGAGAAGGAAUAGAAAUUAAAUCGUGAACAAAAGCGCAGUGCAUGACUACCUCAGCAGGACUUGGACAACACCCUCUCUCAGUAGGCAUUAAUGGUUUGAUUUGCAUCCCGUUGGACGCGUUUGGU